AUAUCUAUAUUGUAUAUUACAUAAAGCAGAGUUUUAGAUAUGUAUAGAACUAAAUUUUUCUUAAGAAGAGAUAAUUCCUUUAGCGUUGCAGAUAUUUAUACUUGCUAUUAUAAAAUAAGUUUCUGAAGAAGAGUUUCUGUGAUAAAAUCUUUUUUUAAGUAAUUUGUACAAUAAGGAUUAUCAUCAGCUGCUUGACUGAAAUGGUUAGGAUAAAUGAGAAACGAAAAGUGAGGUUAAGUUUCUGUUACAUAAUUUACUUCCUUCAACACAAGAAUAUCUAUUUUGGAGCUGUAAAGGUGUAAGAAGAAAACAAUAUGACAUCAACAUGGGAAGACUUCUAUGCCAAAAAUCCACCACCUUCAGAUCUUUCAAAAAAUGAAAUUCUACUAAAAGAUUUUACCCAAAUGCAUUUUAAAGCAGGAAAUAAAGUUGUAUUAGUCACAAGUGGUGGUACAACGAUCCCUUUAGAACACAAUACUGUAAGAUUUGUCGAUAAUUUUAGUGCAGGGACCAGAGGGUCGGCAUCCACCGAAUACUUUCUGCAAAAAGGUUAUGCAGUUAUUUUUAUGCACAGAGUAAAAUCUCUACAGCCAUUUUCAAGAUAUUUUACCGGUCAAAUGUUCCUGGACAUGUUGGAAUUGUCUGAAGAAAAUGGAAAAUCAUCUAUUACAGUGCUACCGGAAUACACUCCAAAGAUAGCUGUCAUUUUAAAAGAUUACAAAAAUGCCUUAAAGCAGAAAAUGUUGCUUCAAUUAAGUUUCACUACCCUUGCUGAAUAUCUUUGGCUACUUCGCUCCGCAUGUCAAGCAUUGGCGCCACUAGAACACUUAGCAAUUUUAUACUUGGCUGCUGCAGUAUCAGAUUUUUACAUUCCAUCCAAUGAAAUGUCCGUACACAAGAUUCCUUCUAGUGGACCACCUUCUAUAUCACUGCAUCUUGUACCAAAAAUUUUGGAACCAUUAGUCUCUUUAUGGGUCCCAAAAGCUUUUGUAAUUUCUUUCAAACUAGAAACAGAUGAAGGGGUAUUAAUUUCAAAAGCUAGAGAUGCUCUCAACAAAUAUAAACAUAAUUUGGUGAUCGCAAAUAUGUUACAAACCCGCAAACAACAGGUAAUUAUUGUCAGCAAACAGAACUCUCAUGUUCUGUCUCUUACAGAUGAACAACUAUCUAAAGAUAAGGAAAUUGAAAAGCUAAUUGUAAAUGAUCUUGUGGAAAUGUAUGAAGAUUUUAUAAAAUCUGCAGAAAAAGUAAAAGGAUAGGGUCCUAAUUUUAAUGGUAAAAUGAUCGAAUGCUACAUAUAUAUUACUAAAUGGAAAGUAUUAUAUAAAUAUUUAAUUUUAAUUACUGUAGAAUAAGCCGGUCUUAUUGAAUUCUCAUUACAUACAUAUAUUUUAAGUUU